UCCCAGCAUUCGUCUGACAAAAUGGCUGCCGCCGAAGUCGUUUUCGAAUUUUCACUUCCGCUUUCGAUCAGAAAAUUGCGAUGUUAGGUCAAUUCAUCAAAUUCAUUCGUAAAGAAAGAGAUAUAGAUAUUCAAAACAUAGAUUAUCAAACGUUUGUAUUGUUUUACUGUUCAUAAACCUCUAAGAAAGUUACUGACAACGUUUUUCCCGUCCAGAAAAAAUACCGUGAAGGCCAAGAAGUGAGCUGGCAGUCCCGUGUAAGAGCCAUAUUUGACGUGGUGUUUCGGGUUCCCUCCAUCUAUGUGAUGGACUGUGUCAUGAAAGACCAGCUCCCCAUCCCAUGGGACACAGAGGCACACACUGUAUGGAGGAUCACAGGGUUUCUUGUUGCAGUCGGCAUCUUUGUGCUGACCCCAGAUGUGCUAUUCAGAGUCUACUCUUUCAUUGGAGGAGCGUUGAUUGUUCUGGUUGUCUAUUGGUGGAACUGCUUCUACAUCGCCCACUACCUCCAACAAACAUCCUCAGAGGAUGCUCAGACUAGUAUAAGUGUCUUUGAAGACCGCUUGUUCAUCUAUGGGAUUGUCUUCAUAGCUGUAAUGACAUUGUUGUAUAUAUUCAUGCGAGGAUAUGCCCACACAUUGAUAGGAAACUACAUCCUUGUCUCCUUUAUUAUACCCCAACUUGCUGUGUUGACCAUGCCAAGGUGGGUGAUCGAAAUGUCGCUACAGGCGUCCCUCGUCCUAUCGCACGGAGAGCUUGUAACCUGUGCCGUUAUAAACGCGGUGUACGUACUGUACCUAUCCAGGUUUUUAGUCCCCGUCGUGUUCCAGCUUAUACGGACCUACGGGAUCCAAGCGUUCGUGGAGAGCACUUGGAUACGGCUCCAUAUACCGGACGUGUUGAGAGUGUUCUGGUUAACCAGAUUGGCUGCGCAAGCCGUUGCCUUAGUGUACUUCGUAACGAUAGAAGAGAACGACAGUAGAUUUGUUUGGUUUUUACCCGACAGCGCCGAGUUCUGGGAGAUUCUAAAAGACUUGCUGGUUACGGGAUGCGACUCUACGUUAACGAUAUCAGGAAUGAGCGCCGUCAUAGCUAUCGUGAUGCACAACGUGGGACUACUCCUGCAAAGGUUUCUUGACGCAGAAGACACAGAGGAAAAGAGGAUAGGAACCGUAUCGGCAGUCCUGUUCUUCAUCUUAGCAGUACAAACAGGACUGACGGGGUUGGAUCAGAAGAAGCGGCUGGUACGCUUGGGACGGAACAUGGGGCUCCUGACGACCGCGAUUUUCCACUUCAUACACAACAUGGUGCACCCGAGGCUGAUGACGCUCAGCGCGCAGCACACCAUCGACAUGAGAAGACAUUACCCUCCUCUCACCGUCAGUGCCUUCAUUUUCUUCGUCCCCUUCUAUUUGAUCUAUCUCCUUUGGAGUAACAGUAACUUCAGCACGUGGCUGCUCGCUGUGACCGUGUUCACGGUUGAACUCCUGGUGAAAGUUCUCGCAACAUGGUUCCAGUACGCUCUCCUAAUGAUCGACGCGAGGCGGGAACAGUACUGGGAAAAGCUAGACGACUACCUCUACUACAUCAAGUCCACGGCAAACAGUAUAGAGUUCGUGUUCGGGAUAUUCCUCUUUUUGAACGGUAGCUACGUCUUCUUUUUCGAGUCAGGCGGGACGAUACGCGCGGUCAUGAUGUGCAUGCACGCGUACUUCAACAUAUGGGUCCAGGGUAAGGAAGGGUGGAAGACUUUCAUGAUGCGGAGAACUGCGGUGAAGAAAAUUAACGCGCUACCGGAAGCGACGGCUGCAGAUCUCACGCGACUCAACGACGUGUGUGCGAUAUGCUACCAGGAGCUCUCGAGCGCUCGGAUAACCCCCUGCAAGCAUUACUUCCACGCGAUGUGUCUGAGGAAAUGGUUGUACGUACAGGACCACUGCCCGAUGUGCCAUAGAAAGUUGUACCAAACAGACGAGCCCCAGUCUUCAUCUGAAGAAGAUGGAAAUCCAGAUGUAUUAGACUUUGAAAUGGGAGACGAUGACUAGAUGAUGGAUAGGAAAGACUGGAAUUUUGUUAUUUUUUCUCUCCUAGUUCAGUGUAAAUGUACAAACAGAGAUUCUUGUUCCAAGGAUAAAAAGUAUUGACAGAAAUUUUCAGUAUGGUGAAUUAUUUGGGUACAAAAUUUUGAAGAAGUGUACACAAGUCAUAUUUUUCAAUGGGUAUCAAAUGUGUGGUCAUGUUCUCUUAUCUUUUAAAAAGCACAAGAAAAUAAACACAAGGCACUGACCUGAAUCAUAUGCAAAAUCUAAUGUGAUCCAAUAUUUUAUCAAUAGUUUACCUGGGAUGGCUGUCUGAUACAAAACAUAGAAAAAUAUUUAUCAAUUUACGAUGUGUACAUAAAGAUACAUUUAUCAGUAUAAAGACAAUAUGACAAUUGUUGCAAUUCUUCAAACAAUAGAUUUGCAGUUAUUACACAAGCCAAAGAAAAUAACUAGAACAAGAAGUAUUUUCCCACUUACUAGUAUAUGUAUAUCAAGAGCAGUGUUUUGUAUUUUUUGUGAAUUGUACAUGUUGACAAGUAGAGCUGUUUAGAAAUUUGUACACUAAAUAUGUGUACACAAAUGGAAACUGGUCAUACAUGUUAGUUGUGAAGCUAGGUGACAAUGAAGAUGAUUUAUCAAAACUUGUGUUUGGAUGCAUGUGGUAUUUUUUGGAAAAGCAUUUUGCCUUCUAAAGCAGUUCACUAUAUAUAUAGUUAUGUGCAUCUUUAUCAGUCCAGUUAAUGAUUUGUAGAAGCUGAAAGCUUUCUUUUAGCUGCUACACUAUGUCUUGUUAAAGUGAACUUCACCUGUGUUAGCAUACAACUGUUGACUAAAGUUUAGGCUAUUUCCCAACUUAGACACCGGACUCACCAAAUUCAAAACCAGUACUGUGGUAAUUUUUAGGCUAUAUUUGAAGACUGUCAAGUUUCAUGAAACCAUACACAGGAGACACUACAGAUUACCAGCAAUUUUCAUGUUCCCUAACGUUAUGCAUACUGAGCAAGUAUUCCUCUGGUAUCGUUAGGAAAACCAGAGGACCAGGUGAAAUUCCAAUUGUAGUGUAAGAAAAAAGGUUAAACCUGUACCAUUAUGUUCCAUCAAAAGAUGUUUGAUUUUAUAACCCUUGUUUCUAUUAUCAAAUAUUGCCGACCAACAGAGAAAAGAUCAUAAAGAGUUGAGGACUUCAUGAUAUAUACUGCAAGUGUGUGUAAGGAAAAUUUCACAAAACUUGUGGGUUUGACCCGGGGGGUUGUUUUAAAAUCAUAUUGACAAAAUGGUUUGUGUUAUUGGACAAGCUUGCAUUCAUUUUUCCAUCCAUACAAAAAUACUUUUUAUCACCUAAUUGUAUCACAAGCUUAUCCUUUUGCUCAGUUUCAGCUGUAUUGAUACACUUUGUAUUGUUGCAUGAAAUUAUCAAAAUAUCAUUUUUAAGACCCUCUUCUUUACCAAGCCCUAUCAGAUACCUUAAAUUGAAGAAAAAAAGUGUGACAAUCACUUAUUGAUAAUAUAUGUAACAUAAUGUGUGGCGUGGGUUGAUAAUUUUUGUGCAAUAUCUAUAAUGUAUGUUUCAGUCAUUCAUUUGAAUAAUCUAGGUACUGGGCCUUUGCACGAUGGAGGAAAUGUAUGUUUCUUUUUGCUCAAAUACGCUUCUCCAAGAGAAA